AUGGUCAACUCAAGAGGGGGGACUUUCACACCUUCGCAACAAACCAUCGUCACAGGUGUUAGUCAUUCACCGCACGGCUCUCAUCAUAGCACUUUCAGUGCCGGCGCCAGUCCUAGUACAAAUAGUCCUACGGGGUCCAACUCGCUCACAAAAAUUGUCGUCGCCCAAGUCUACCUCCUUCUCAGUACGAUCAAGGAGGAUACUAAGGAUCGCACAAAGUGGGAACAACAAGCUGAGCAGCUCAGAAAGCUGAUCGAUGAACACGGCAUGGAAGUAUUCCAAAAAUACUUCAGCCGUCUUGUGGUUGGCAAUGCUCCUACAAUCUUUCCAGGUAUCAACCGUCCGGUAGCAAAUCCUGCCACCUAUCCUGUUCUCCAUGACGAGGUUCACAAGAUAUCGCAUAAUGUGGAUCAGGCGCGUAGGAUUGCAGAGUCAAUAGAGACGGCAAAUGAGGACAUAUUCCGGGACUUUGAUCUUUCAACAUUCAUGGAUCAUUUCAAGCUAGACGCACUCGAGAAGACAAUUCUAGCUCUUGCUUUCAAGACAGGUUCAAGAUCGGAUCUGAAAACAAAGGCCGAUGCCAUUAUAUCUGCGAAUUUCGCUCAAUUCCUUUCCGCUCUCGUUCACCCUACCUCAAACCAUGACGACAUGUCAACCGAUUUCCUUGCCCUCAUAAUCGAUCGCUUCAUUCAAGAACAGCCUCCGAACUUUGACGAGUCUGCGCAGCGAGAUUUGAUAAUGGCACUUCAAUUCCGAUAUCAAAAUCAGAGUCAGGAGAAGGACACAGUUCCAACAACGAUUCUUGCAGCAUUAUAUCUGAUGUACGCGUUGAACAGUGGAAAUCCCUUGACGGAAUUUCUACAAAGAGUCGGCUCAGCAUUCACAGCUGAUGAAGAUUCCUGCCGAGGAUACUUGAGAAACGGAAACAUUGGUCUUAAUGAGGAAUUAGUCGCUGGUGGACUAAUCUACACAGCGCUCAGUCGAAGCAUCCCGUUCUCCACCACCGUCCUGGUCAACAGUUUGCGGAUGGAAGUCUCGCCCAACUUCAACUGGCAACGAGUGGUUGGAUUCUUUGACCAGGAUCAGCUGCGCAUAUCGAAAGACCAAUUUUUGGCCCUGUACGAAGCAUUCCGACCUCUGGCAGUUGACGGCUUGAUCGAUGUACAGUCACUUUGGGGAGGCACCUGGCAAAACUCGGAGACACAGCUGUCGUUCAUCAGCGCAUAUGCAUCUCUGUACGACAACGAGCUUGACGCAACUACUAUCCCUGGUCUGGAGCCAGCUUUCACACUAGAGGACUUUGAGGGCGCAGAGGAUGACGUCCGUGAACGUGCUGCCCAAGCUAUAAAGCAUCCUCUGGUAUCUGUGGUUGCUUUAUCAUCCAUGUUCCACGUCGCCCUACACACCACGGCCGCAUCUGAUACCGUCGAGGCCAAAAGACUCUUUCAGGAGGUUGUUGUACCAAAUUUGGAUGUAUUCUUGGUUUCCGCAUUUGGCGUCCCAAAGCCAUGGCCAGAAUUGGCAACAGACACAAUCAAUAAUCUCUUUGAUCGAUUUUUAUUCAAGUACGACCGCAAUUACGACUUCGUUCUGGAAGGAUUGUGGCGCAAGGACAAACAAUGGGUAGCGCAGAGACUUGUUGAAGCGCAUGCCAAGGUUCCCAUGGAGCUCCCUACCAUUCUGGACCAUGCUCUGAGACACCAAUGGCUUGACGAUUUAGCCUCCAUCCCGAAUGGCUUCGGACUUGAUCUCGUGGCAGUUGCUAGUGCUCGAGGCUUCCUAGACCUAGAUCGAUGGGCAGCUAGCAAUCUCGCGAGAAUUCCAGACCUUCCGCAUUCACUUCUCACAUUUCUUAACAUCAAAGCAGAGCAUGAGCUUGCAUACCAGCGGCAAAAACACUUACACAGUGUUAUGCUUCCAGUCAAGACAAUAGCCAAAUUACUGCAAGCGCUAGAGGAUGCCAUGCCCAGGGUGCCGUCAAACGACUUGAUACUCGUCCAGCGAGCAUGCAUCACUGCAUACCCUCGAUUGAUCAACUACGGCGAGGGUUUCGACGACAUCAUCGAUGCCAAUGGCGCAGAGAGUAACUCAUUACCUAAGGAAGCCAAUGAGAAAAUGGAAGCCCACUACAAGCAGAUGUACAGUGACGAAGUGCAGGUCCGCAGCAUCGUAGAAGCGCUUGAGAGAUACAAGCACUCCCGUGACCCAGCCGACCAGGAUGUUUUUGCUUGCAUGAUCCAUGGACUCUUCGAUGAGUACGCUUUGUACCAGACAUAUCCCUUGGAAGCCUUGGCUACAACCGCUGUGUUGUUUGGAGGUAUCAUUUCGCAGAAGCUGAUAUCUGAGCUUCCUCUGAAGAUUGGUCUUGGUAUGAUCCUUGAGGCAGUCAAGGAUUAUUCUCCGUCGGAUUCUAUGUACAAGUUUGGCCUCCAGGCUCUCAUGCAACUUUUCAGCCGAUUACGCGAGUGGCCUGGAUUCUGCAAAAGAUUGCUGGAAGUACCAGGGCUCCAAAACACCGAGGCUUGGAGCAAGGCAGAAGAUGUUGUGCGUGCCGAGCAGGACGCGCGUGUUUUUUCCCCUGUCAACGGUAUGAACGGAGGAGACUUGAAGACACCACCUCCGCCAGCAUUCAAUGCUCUCCGAGUAGACCCGCCUGCCUACCAGUUCCCUACCCCUGAUGAGGAUGUUACAGGCAAAAUACAGUUUGUUCUUAAUAAUAUCAGCAUGGAGAAUAUUGAGAGCAAGUUCAUCGAGCUACAAGAACUAGUCAGUGACGAAGGUCAACAAUGGUUUGCUACUCACUUGGUGCAAGAGAGAGCGAGAAUGCAGCCGAACUACCACAAUGUGUAUCUCAACACGAUCAAGCUUUUUGGAAGGAAAUCUUUAUGGGCAGACGUAUUGCGAGAGACUUAUGUCAGCACAUUCAAAACCCUUAACGCAGAAUCAACAAUGCAAAAUGCCCUCGAGCGGACACAUCUCAAGAAUCUGGCUACUUGGCUUGGAUCUCUUACCCUAGCUCGAGAUAAGCCAAUCAAACAUCGGAAUAUUGCUUUCAAGCAACUUUUGAUAGAGGGCUAUGAGUCUCACCGGCUGCUUGUGGUAAUUCCCUUCAUCUGUAAGGUUUUGGCUCAAGGCAAAUACUCCACUGUGUUCAAACCCCCCAAUCCGUGGGUCAUGGACAUCAUCAAAGCUUUAAUGGAGCUGUACACAAAGGCCGACCUCAAACUUAAUCUUCGAUUUGAGAUCGAAGUUCUCUGCGGAGAAUUGGAUCUUGAUCAUAAGAGCAUCGAGCCUUCUGACGAGAUCAUGAAUCGCAUCUCGCUUAUCGAGGAAGCAACGGAAGUGAUGGCACCGGAAGUCAUGGAUAGAUUUGACAAUUUAUCAUUGAAUGGAAUGGCUGGUGGAGUUGGAGGUGGGAGAUUCUCUCCUCACGAAAUCACAGCCUCUAUUCCAGACCUUGGUCCGCUUUUGCAGUAUCCUCCAGUCAACGACAUGGUCAAUCAGGGUCGCUUGCAGGACAUCAUGAAAGCAGCAAUCACCCGUGCUGUCCAUGAAAUUAUUUCUCCAGUUGUUGAACGCUCAGUUACCAUUGCUGCUAUAUCGACUGCUCAGAUGAUCCACAAAGAUUUUGCGACAGAGCCAAACGAAGCAAGAGUGCGGGCAGCCGCCAUCAAUAUGGUCAAGAAAACCGCUGGCGCUCUGGCUUUGGUCACAUCAAAAGAGCCAUUGCGAGCAAGCAUGACAAAUUACAUCCGAGCUUUGUCUGGUGAGCUCCCACAGGGACUGCCCGAAGGAACUAUCAUCAUGUGUGUCACAUCGAACCUCGAUCUGGCUUGUAGUCAAGUUGAGAAGAAAGCAGAAGAGCGUGCAGUUCCUGAGAUUGAGGAGAUGAUCGAGCCGGAGCUAGAAGCUCGCCGUCACCACAAGAUGACCAGACCAGACGACCCAUACGUCGAUCCUGGAUUAAGCCGCUGGUCUUGGACCAUUCCGGAUCCAUUCAAGUUGUCGCCAGCUCUUGGUGGCCUCAAUCAGUCACAAAUGGCUAUUUACGACGAAUUUGCCCGGCAGCCACGUGCGCAAGCAACCCUUCCAGGACCAACCCAUAUCCCAUCGUCAUCAGACGCUACGAGAACGAUGGCGAACGAAAUUUUGCAAGAUUCCUACCCACCAGUUCCGAAUCUACCGACUCCUGCGGAACCACCAGCAAUGUCACACCUCCCAGCUCAACAGCCUGCUUAUGCCCAGCAAAAUAAUUCAGUGGUCAACGGGAGAGUGGCUACAAUGCAGAUGGAUCCCAGAAUGCUGGCAGAAAGAGUAGAGAAGGCAUUGGUAGAGCUCGAGCGGGUUGCAGCCGAUACACCCGAGCAGCAUGUCGCAGAUCUCCCCCGGCCUCAUGCAGUGCUCGACACACUGGACGCAUUGUAUGGCUUGAUAUUCAGAAGCUCGCAAGGGCCUGAUCAUUACGACUAUUAUAUCGUAGACCACAUAUGCAACAUGUUGUUCAGUGGUCCGGAGCAAGAUCUUGUUAUGGAGUGCCUGGUUCAAGUAUUGGAGAACAUCUGCAGAAUGGCAGGUCGAACCGCGAACCGCGUGUUCGAUGUCAUUUCCCAACGACCGGGCGAAUCUUUCUUCCGAGUUCCUCUCAUUGUCUGCCUGACAAAGGCUCAUCUACUGGAAUGGGGUCGUAUCGACUUGGAGAUCUCUAGGGUCAUCUCACAACGCAAGGAUGGGUCACUACAAUUUUUUCUAUCACUCUUGGAGACCGUCCUUCUGAAUGACCGCCCUGUUGCACUUUACGCCGACUUCGUGAAAAGUUUGGAAGUUGCCUGGGCAUGGAUCACAGAAGAACCUGACAUGGAAGUUGGUCAGCAGCUCAAACAAAAGCUAACGAGCUCUGGUCUUCCAGAACCUCGCUCUCAAAUCACGAAUGAUCGCAAGCAAGACCAAUUGUUAUAUAUCUUCGAGGAGUGGGUUCGCCUCUGCAGCAAUCCCAAUGCGUCCGAGAAUGCGCCUGCGCAUUUCAUUGCUCAGAUGUACAAUAGGCAGCAGAUCAACAACAGGGAGGACCUGCACAUGUUCCUCCGACUGGCCAUUGACAACUCUGUUGAUCGAUUUGAGCAACUCAUUCAGACCGAGAGUCCUAUCAACGAGGCGUACAUUGCGACAGACUCCUUAGCCAAGCUCAUUGCCUUACUAGUCAAGGGCCACGAACAGGACGGCGCGGUCAAGACUGACAAAGCUGCGUACCUCAACUCCAUCCUGUCUUUGACUAUCCUGGUACUGAAUCACCACCACGUCCUUCGUGGUGAAAGUUUCAAUCAGAAACCCUUUUACAGAUUGUAUUCUACCAUCCUUUGUGAGCUGGAUGCAUUCGAAGAGGGCUUGUCUGAAGAUGAACGCCAGGACAUCACCCUUGUUUUUGCUAGAAUCUUCCUCAAAAUUCCACCGACCCAUUUCCCUGGUUUCAUGACUAGUUGGAUGAGCCUGAUCUCGCACCGAAAGUUCUUGCCUGUGGUUCUAGGGCUACCUAAGCAAGUUGGAUGGGGAUUGUUCGCUGAUCUCAUGGAGAAGCUACUUUUCUACCUCGGAGAAUUGCUCAAGCCAGUUAUACAUCUCGAUCCAACCACAAGCCAGAUAUACCGAGGGGUUAUUAAGCUGGUUAUCAUACUUCACCACGAUUUCCCAGAGUUCCUAUCAGCAAAUCACUCCAAGCUUUCUGUUCAUGUUCCCAGCUAUUCAACUCAGCUCAACAACUUGAUCUUGAGUGCAACUCCGCCUCAAAACGCAGAUAUGCCAAAUCCAAUGCAGCCGGGGCUCAAGCUUGACCGUGUGGGCGAGAUCCGGCAAUCACCAGAGAGUAUGAAUGACGUCGAGGGGCCACUGCGAGACUCUGGGUUGUUCGACCUUGUAGAGCAAGCCUUAGAGCAUGGCCCUUCGGAGGAUGCCAUUGCGCACAUUGCCCAUGAAAUACAACGAAAGAAGACACGCCAAAAUGGGCUAGGCUCACUGCUAGUUGAUGCGGACCGAAAGCUGAUUGAUUCUUUGGUUCUCUAUGUUGGCACAAACGCUAUUGCCAGAUCCGAACACAAGGGAGCUCCAAUAUUCACACCUGGAACUCCGGACAUCAAAUUGCUAUCCAUGCUUGUUCAUGAGCUCCGCCCCGCCACAAGAUUCGUCUUCCUUGGUAGCAUUGUUAAUCAACUUCGAUUCCCUAACACUCAAACUCACUACUUCAAUCAAGCUCUUCUCGAUCUUUUUGGUAGUGAUGCCAACGAUCAAGAAGAGCUGGAAAUUCGUGAGCAGAUCACCCGAAUUCUGCUAGAGAGGUCAAUUGGCCAGUGGCCACAACCCUGGGGUCUUCUUGUUGUGAUUCAGGAAUUGGUCAAGAACAAAAAGUACAUGUUCUUCGAUCUGCCAUUCAUCAAGUCUGCGCCUGAGGCAAGUUACCAGCUUUCUAUAUCUUCUCGAGUCUAUACUAACAUCCCAGCAGGUUGGUGA